CACGUCGUCUCUCUCCCACAACUAUGACCAUCACUCUGGAUUUUGAGGCAGCAAAGGCGGACUCCUCAACCAGGCGUUCCCUUUCAGAUCUCUCCCUUUCGGUCGCUAAGUGUAAGAGGAUUGUUGUCGUUACAGGGGCGGGAAUAUCGUGUUCGUCAGGGAUCCCAGAUUUCCGUUCUUCAGACGGCUUGUACGCUCUCGUCAAGCAGCGAUACCCAAACGCAGUUAUGAAGGGUCGCGACCUCUUUGACGCGUCUCUAUUCCGUGAUACAACCACCACAUCUAUUUUCUACACGUUCAUUUCUCAGCUCAAACAGUCCAUUGACUCUGCAUCGCCCACCCCAACCCAUUGCUUCAUUAAAACGUUGGACACGAAGAAGAAACUCCUUCGCUCCUAUACUCAGAACAUUGACGGUCUCGAGGAGCGGGUAGGUCUGCUAGGUAGUGGCAGCCAAGAAGCAAAGUCGUCAUCUCGGAGUAAAUCCAAGAUAAAGGUCAAAGAGGUUCGCAACGUACAGCUUCACGGUGACAUCCACCGUGUCCGAUGUAUGUCCUGCUCCGCAGAGUAUCCUUGCACCUCAGAGCACCUCAGUAUAUUCGACGAGGGCCUUUCUCCUGAUUGUCCUGACUGCAUUCAACGUUCCGCAGCUCGUGUAGCUCGCUCUGCUCGUGCCACAAGGGUAGGCUCCCUCAGACCUGCCAUUGUACUCUACGAUGAGCCUCACCCCCUAGGGGAUGAUAUCGGUUCUAUCCAAACAAGUGAUGUCAAUCGCAAGCCAGACAUGCUAAUAAUCAUGGGCACAUCACUCAAAGUACACGGUUUGAAGAAACUUGUGAAAGAUUUUGCGAAGGCUGUCCAUGCGCAUUCGAGUGCUCCGUCGACAAGCUCCGGCAAAGCGAAACGGUGGGCUGGGAAGGUGGUCUUUGUGAACAAGACUGCGCCAGGGUCAGAAUGGUCGGAUGUCAUUGAUUACCACGUUGCUGGAGAGACGGAUGCGUGGGUUGACAAAGUUAUUGAGGAUUGGAAGAAGAUGCGCCCGGCGGAUUGGGAGGUUCAACAGACUCUGGUGGCAAUUGAUGGAGAUAUUAGUAUGGCCUCGCCCUUCAGGUUCGUCAAGGAUGCACGCGUUGCUAUUGGCACCAAAGCCAAAACAAAAGAAUACAAGAAAUCUCGGAAUGACGAUGAGAACGUUCCGCCAGUGCCAUCUAGGGAUAUGAUUCUCAGCACACCUGACCUUUCUGGCUUAGCCAUUACGAAGUCACUGUCAUCUCCUGGCUCACCAAGCAAGCGGCGGCAAGGUGCAUCUCACUACAAUGACAAUGACUCAAGCCCAUCGAAGCGUCGCAUAAGGACCAACAAAGUAGGCCUGGAACCAGAGGAGCGAGGCUUGUUGUUUGGCAAUAGCACGAACCAAACCGUUGGCCUGGAUGACUUUGCAGAGAUCAACGGUAGCUGCAUCGCUGAUUUGUCGAUGCAAGACCUCAACAGUCCCCCGCGACCAAAAAACGUGAUGAAGGCACGCUCAAAGAUGGAGAGAGCUAGUAAAGUACCUCUUUCAAAAACUGCAUCCGGGGACCGUCCACAACGUUCGCAGGGUCGUCUGAAGGUUGAAGUCGUUAUUGGACGAAAUAUGGACAUAGGAGUGGCAUGCACUUAGUAUUACUUUCUUUUGUUAUACAUGUGCAGUAAAUUAUCUUGUUAUGCGGAUCAACAGAUUUGGUGAAAAACAAGGGAGAACACAAGAUAAGUACGGCGAAAAUUCUAAGAUUACAAUCACCAAUGCCCACUCGCCGUCAAUCUGUAAUUAGCUC